CCUCGACUCUGCACUUCUGAUUCUACUCCUCUGAUCAACCCUCUCAUCUCCUGAGCCCUGACCGUCUUGACCCUCUGACCCUUCACAUUCUUUCUUUUCCACCACCGCACAGCCCAUCAACUACCGUCAUCACCACUCCUACCACCACAUCCUCCCACAUUCGUUCAGGCUCCAUCUUUCUUUCACCUUUCUUUGUUUCAAUCUCUAUUCGCCUUCAUUCACAGAGUCCAUACAAUCCGGCCUUGUUGUCGACUCCUAUACUUGGAUUUCCCCUGCCUUCGCCUCGACCGGCAAAUCGAGAACCCUCACCCAACCAAAGAGCACAGCCUCCCAAAAGCCCGGUCCAACUCCCAACCAACCUCAAGAAACCCUCGUGCAAAGACCUUUUGUCUCACACUCCUUCGCCAUCUCUCCAUUCCUCUUAUCCGCCGAAGGUACAAGUCGCCGAUUACCUCCAAUACACUCUCUUGACAUAUUCUUUACCAUCGCCCGCUCCUCGAUCCCUUCAUGCCCAACUACGGAUCCCUACAUUCCCCCUCUCUGAAGAAAUACAACACUAUGGCCGAAUACCGCAGAGGCGGGAGGUUCGAGUUUGGAAAUAUCAUUGGGGAUCCUUUUGCGCUGGCGACCAUUUCAAUCAGCUUGCUUGCAUGGUUGAUCACCUUCAUCUCCUCGAUUGUCGCUCAAGUUCAACCUGUGCCCGAGGGUGAACAAGGCUUCCCCAAAUAUGCCUGGUGGGCCGUUGUCUUUAUGCUGUGCUGCAUUGUAGGCAUCACCUAUGUCUUUGCAACCGGAACUACAGCUGUCUACCAUGUUGCGAUUGUUGGUUAUCUUGCCGCCGGCAUGGUCAUGACCACUUCCUCCGUGAAUUACCUCGUCUAUCAACCUCAAGGUUCCAUGGAGGCCGCCGCUGCAGGGCACAUUUUACUUUCCAUCGUCGCAAUUAUUUGGAUAUUCUACUUUGGAUCUACUCCUGCUGCGCCUGUCCGCGUCUUCAUCGAUCACUUUGCACUAAACAAAGAGUCAAACGACUUCCGUGGCCCAGUGCAGAAUAUGAGCAAUGUUUAUAACCGACCUGAUGCCACAGCCGCUCAACCUCCCCAGAUGUACACCUCAGCACAGCUCAACGGCUUCGAGACCUCAUCUCCAGUAUCUGGCUAUCCUGGCGGACCUGCAGGCUCAACAGUGCGGGCUUCCACCCAACGAAUGACCAACCUCGCAAGCACACCCGCCCCAGCCCCUGAAGCAACACAACCAGCUGAAUACCCUUACAAAGCGAAGGCCAUCUACAGUUACGAGGCAAACCCUGAUGAUGCCAACGAAAUCAGCUUCAGUAAACACGAGAUCCUCGAAGUGUCAGACGUGAGUGGUCGGUGGUGGCAAGCAAAGAAAGAGAAUGGCGAAACCGGUAUCGCACCUAGCAACUAUUUGAUCCUGUUAUAGGACCACCUGAGUCUACACCAACAAUACUGGUGUCGAGACAUCGCUCCCAUGUGCAGGGUCGGUUCACGAUACCACUCCUUGUCAUGUUAUUAAUGACCUAUUACGAACAAUCCAUUUCUUUAUUGCACAUUACCAUUACUCUUGGGGUCAUUGGAAGGCGACUGGUCGAAUUGCAUCAGGGAUAUCGUCACCCAAUCGGCUGCGAGCCGUAUUUCGAUUGGAGCAGCUUGCUCCAUGAACACGCAGGAUUUGAGUGACAACUUUCGAGGGGAAACUCAGACCACGUUCAAGUUCACAGAGCUGUCGGGAUACUACGGAUGUCCUUUUUGGAGUACGGACGAUCGCGUUCACCAUUGUACAGGCGUCGAGGCGCAAUACCCAGGUGGACAGCAGACUUGAUACGCAGGGCGAAAUCGGCACAGUUGCUCAUCUCUUUUCAAGCUUGUUGAAGGUACAGACAGAACCUCGCGGGAAUUUCUUAAAUUUUCGAUAUUCGGUCUCCAAUGUCUGAUAGGAUACCUUCAGUGUACGUUUACGCAUCCAUGGCGAAUUGGCAAGCUUUGUCACAACGUUAUGCCAAAAAGUUCACGAUAUUGAGGAAUCGCAGAGGGGAAGGACCAAUUUGCACAUGUGUGUUUUCUUGAGUGAAACGACGAUAGGGACGAUCUUUUCUUCUUUCCUUUCCCAACCUGCGUUGGAUGUGAGCUGUGAAGGGGAAUGGGAGAUAGACAGAUGGAAAUGUCAAGAUACGCAUGCCUGCGGCUCAUAACAAAUCAGAGUUCCUUCUUUGUAUAUGCAAGCCUUCUCCAUGUCUAAAGCGAUGUGUACAACGACCUAUUGAGUCAACAGAGGGAUGUUUCUCCUUAGUCGACCGAAAAGCAAGAGAAUUCACUGUUGACCCUCGAGCAUUCUCAAGCAACAUUUUAUGCUCUUAGUAGUGCAUCUCUGCGACGACCAUCAGUAUCACUAGCUAAAAGGACAAGAAUCCAGACAAGGAAU